GAUGGCCUCCAAGAAGGCGGGAGCGGCUGCCGUGGCUUGCGCCGGCCUUGCCGGGCUGGGCUUCGUCGCCACGCCAGAUUCGGGAAAUCGACGCGUGCCGGCUGCAGAUGCCGCCAAGGCCUCUGCGAAGGUGGCAGCAUCUCCGGAAGCAGGCAGCGCCUUCACGGUGGGCGCGGCGGCAGCCACCGCCGCAGGUGCUGUGGCGGCGUCCACCCGACGCAAGACUCGAGCGAACAGAGUCGCUGCCCGGGCCGAAGUGGGACCUGGCGAGAAGGUGGUGGGCAUUGACCUGGGCACCACCAACUCCGCAGUGGCGGCCAUGGAGGCCGGCGCCCCCACCAUCAUCCCCAACGCGGAGGGCGCACGCACCACGCCGAGUGUUGUGGCCUACUCCAAGAGCGGUGAGCUGCUGGUGGGGCAGAUCGCCAAGCGCCAGGUGCACGGAUCACCUGUUCGUUGUGUGGGUCCUUAG